AUGGGACUUUUUCCGAGCGUGCGAUACUACUACGAGCCGUUUCCAGAGGAUCCGGCUCCAGAGCUUGUGUCGUGUGGAAUAUGCGGGAGACGCUUCAAAAAUGACGCUCUGGAGAGACAUCUUCCAAUAUGCGAGAAGAACUCGAGAAAACCGAAGAAAGUAUUCGACAUGAGAGCUAAGCGACGAGACGCUAUCAUUGAGGAAAACAACGUGGAUAACGCUCACGAAAUAUUUUCGAAACCAACGGUGGGCCAGAAGGACCGACCUGCAGAUCGAGCCCGAAGGAACAGUUUCCUAGAUCCAAAAGCGCCCCACAGAUUCGACAAACCGCCCGCGAGCCCAAAGCCCGCACCAUUGAAACGUAAACCUGCAAACGCUCCUCGGGGAGGUCCUCCUAAACCUAAACUGGAAGCACCGAAGACGCCGGUCCCGAGGAGACGGAGAGCUCCGGCGACAGAGAGCACACCAAUGGUUGGAAAACCCGGGAGUACACCGACGCACAAGAGUGUCUCCAGUCGAUCCACAACUCCGGGCCGCGGUGCCCCGAAGCACCGAGGGACUCCGUCUCCGGACGUCAAUGGUAACACUCGGAAAACUUCGAGCCAAACUUCUAAUCGAGGAGGAAUGCGGAGAGCUGCAUCAUCUCCGAAUAUAGACACCAACAACAAUAAGGCGAAGAAGGAAGACCCCGUGGUAAAGUUCAAGGAUAAAUUCCCUCACCAUGUGAACCCGCAUCUGGGAUCGCUUUCGGUUGCAUACAACAGGACGUCGAGCCCUCACGUUUUGAUAUCAAUCAAGAAGCCGCGCACCGUACCGGGAGUGAGGACUGGGGGGCACAGCGGGGUUGAAUUCGCGGACCCUGAUCUUCUGAAGAGACCACAGAGUUCCAUCGAGCUCGACAGUGGGUGGGACUCGAAACGCUUGACGGAGGACUAUGUCCUCCAGCACUCUCUGAAGCUGACCGGCAGUAUGUCGGAUCUGAGGAGCAGCGCAGAUGUUUGUUCAAAGUGCAAUUCGCCGUUCUUGGUGAGCUCCGCGAAAUUCUGCUUCAACUGUGGAGAGAAGAGGACCUGA